AUGACCACUUCACAGCGUGUGGUCAUAAUCGGUGCUGGCAUUGUGGGUACCAAUGUUGCAGACGAACUCGUCGCCCGGGGAUGGACUGAUAUCACUGUUGUCGAGCAAGGUCCGUUGCAAAUGCCCGGUGGCUCGACAUCUCACGCCCCGGGCCUCGUCUUCCAAACUACCCCAUCCAAGACCAUGACCAAGUUCGCCACAUACACAAUCGAGAAGCUGCAAUCAAUUGAGAAGGACGGCCAGAAUUGUUUUAACCAAGUAGGCGGUCUCGAAGUUGCAACAACACCUGCCCGGCUUGAAGACCUAAAGCGCAAACAUGGAUAUGCCUCAUCGUGGGGAAUUGACGCGCGCCUGGUCAGCCCCGAGGAGUGUUUUGAGCUAUAUCCUCAGUUGAACAAGGAUGCUGUUUUAGGAGGUCUACACAUCCCUACAGAUGGGCUCGCACUUGCGGCGCGGGCAACACAGCUGCUUAUCGAACGGACCAGCCAGGCAGGUGUCCGCUACCUUGCAUCGACACCUGUCACUGGAAUCGAGCGGUCGGGCAGCCGUGUCACAGGUGUGAAUACCCCUAGUGGCAUCAUCCCCGCCGAUAUUGUUGUGUCCUGUGCUGGAUUCUGGGGGGUUGAAAUAGGCGCAAUGGUUGGUGUGCAAAUUCCCUUGCUUGCGCUAGGCCACCAGUAUGCGAAGACGACCGCUGUACCAGCUCUCAAAGGCCGUGACCUCAAUAAGCGAAUGAAUGGAUUGAAUGCGACUCUUCCGAUUCUACGACACCAGGAUCAGGAUCUAUACUACCGUGAACAUGGUGAUCAGUAUGGCAUUGGUUACUACGGCCAUCGCCCAAUGCCAAUUGAAGCUGGAUCGCUAGGUCUAACACCUAAGGAUGUCGACGAGAAGAAUAUGCCAUCCCGUCUUGAAUUCACUCCCGAAGACUUUGCCCCAGCCUGGGAGGAAUCGAAAAAUAUCUUGCCUGCUCUGCGUGACACUGAGAUUGAGGAUGGGUUCAACGGUAUCUUUUCAUUCACCCCAGACGGUGGCCCCAUUGUCGGACAAGCACCUAACCUAGAUAACUUCUUUGUCGCUGAAGCUGUGUGGGUGACGCACUCUGCUGGCGUUGCUAGAGCCUUGGCAGAAGUUCUUACGACGGGUCAAUCUCAAAUUGACCUCACAGAGUGCGAACUCUCCCGCUUCGAGGAGGUACAGCUCAGCCGUUCCUAUGUGAGCGAGACCUCCCAACAGAAUUUUGUCGAGAUAUACGACAUCUUGCAUCCUCUACAACCCAAAGAGUCACCUCGCAAGCUUCGUACAAGUCCUUUCCACGCCCGAGAGUUAGAGUUGGGUGCUUUCUUCCUGGAGCUUGGAGGUUGGGAACGACCAUUCUGGUAUGAGGCGAAUGUGUCACUACUUAAAAGCCUUCCACAAGAGUGGAAGCCCGUUGAGCGGGACGCGUGGUCAGCGAAAUUCUAUUCGCCCAUCGUCGCGGUCGAAGCUUGGAAGACACGGAAUGCAGUGGCUAUGUACGACAUGACCUCUUUCCACCGGUUCGAGGUCUCAGGCUCCGGGGCCCUAGAUCUACUCCAGCGACUAAGUACUGGCGACAUCUCCACCAAGCCAGGCAUCAUAACCCACGCCCUCCUUCUCAACAACAACGGUGGCAUUCGCAGCGACAUUUUCAUUAUAAGGCUUGAAGACAACCUCUUCCAGGUUGGCGCCAACUCUGCCACAGAUCUGGCCUACCUUACCCGAGAAGCCCGUCGCCAAGGAAAUGGGGUACUAGUGAGAGAAAUCACUGGUAGCACCUGUUGCAUUGGUCUUUGGGGACCUCGCUCUCGGGAUGUGAUCUCGACCCUCAGUAGUGAUGAUUUCUCAAACAUAGGAUUCCCAUAUUUCACCGCCAAGAAGGCACUCAUCAACGGCAUUCCAGUGACAGCACUACGCAAGUCUUACGUUGGCGAGCUGGGCUGGGAAAUCCAAACAAGUGCAGAAUAUGGCCAGCGACUGUGGGAUACGAUCUACAAUGCAGGCAAGACACAUGGACUCAUCGCUGCCGGCCGCGGUGCAUUCAACUCAUUACGAAUGGAGAAGGGGAUUCGCACGUAUGGCUCCGAUAUGAACAGCGAACACAACCCAUAUGAAGCCGGUGUUACGUACUGCGUACGAGCCAGCAAAUGGGAGGACUAUGUCGGAAAGGCGGCGUUGGAGCGUCUCUCUAAAGGCCCGCCAACCCGUCGGCUGCGUUGUCUCACCGUCGACGACGGCAAGUCUAUGGUCCUUGGCAAGGAACCAGUCUUCUACAACGGCAAGGCUGCUGGAUAUGUCACAACGGCUGCAUUUGGAUUCACCGUCCGCAAGCCCGUCGUGUAUGCCUGGCUACCUAGCAAGGUGACUGAAGGUCAGGGAGUUGAGAUCGAGUACUUUGGCCGUCGGAUCAAGGCUACUGUUUCCAUCGACCCGCUGUAUGACCCCGAUAUGAAAUGCCUUCUUGAUGAGAAGCCAGCCACUGCUCCUGAGAAGCCUUCACGGGCUCGUUUGUAA